AUGGCCACUGUGAGCACAGAUGCCACGGAUAGAGACACAUCCAGGUUUAAAAUCGUCCUCACCUUCGUGGCCUCCGGAAUAGAGUGCAUCACUGGCAUUGUUGGGAAUGGCUUCAUCAUGGCCAUCCACGGGGCCGAGUGGGACAGAGGCAAAAGACUCCCUGUCAGUGACUGCAUUCUGCUGAUGCUCAGCUUUUCCAGGCUCUUGCUGCAGAUCUGGAUGAUGCUGGAGAAUACUUACAGUCUACUGUUCCGGGUCACUUAUAACCAAAACACAGUGUUUAUCCUCUUCAAAGUCGUCAUCAUGUUUCUGAACUAUUUCAACCUCUGGCUUGCUGCCUGGCUCAACAUCUUAUAUUGUCUUAGAGUUGCAAACUUUGCUCACCCUUUGUUCUUCUUGUUGAAGAGGAAAAUCACAGGGCUGCUGCCUUGGCUUCUGGGACUGUCACUGUUCAUCUCCUUAUGCUUCAGCUUUCCCUUCUCUACAAAUAUCCUCAAUGUGUAUGUAAAUAAUUCCAUUCCCAUCCCCUGCUCCAACACCACGGAGAAGUACUUCUCUGAGAACCUGGUUCUUCUCUAUAACCUGGGGAUCUUCAUUCCUCUGAUCAUGUUCAUCCUUUCAGCCACCCUGCUGAUCAUCUCUCUCAAGAGACACACCCUCCACAUGGAGAGCAAUGCCCCUGGCUCCAGCAUGGAGGCUCACAUGGGGGCCAUCAAAGUUACCAGCUGCUUUCUCGUUCUCUACAUUUUCAAUGCAGUUGCUCUAUUUAUUUCCAUGUCCAACAUCCUCGACGUCAACAGUUCCUGGAAUAUUGUGUGCAAAAUCGUCAUGGCUGCUUACCCGGCUGGCCACUCAGUGCUACUGAUCUUAGGGAACCCUGGGCUGAGAAGAGCCUGGAAGAGGUUUCAGCACCCUGUUCAUCUUCACCUGUAA